CUGGCGGCCGGGCCGGGAGCCCGCUCAGCCCGCCCCCUCCCUGCCGCCCCGCCCGUGCCGCCGCGCCGGCCGCUGUCAGAGUCGCGUUGUAUGCUGAGCAGCUGUCGUCGCUGGCUGCUGCACGUCCCAGUCCCGAGCUUUCCGCCGCUGACCCGCGCACUGCGGCUCUGCCCUUUCCAUCUCAUGAAGCCGUUGGUCGUGUUCGUUUUGGGCGGGCCCGGUGCGGGCAAGGGGACCCAGUGCGCGCGCAUCGUCGAGAAAUAUGGCUACACACACCUUUCUGCAGGAGAGCUUCUUCGUGAUGAAAGGAAGAAUCCAGAUUCACAGUAUGGUGAACUCAUUGAAAAGUACAUUAAAGAAGGGAAGAUUGUGCCAGUUGAGAUAACCAUCAGUUUACUAAAGAGGGAAAUGGACCAAACAAUGGCUGCCAAUGCUCAGAAGAAUAAAUUCUUGAUUGAUGGAUUUCCAAGAAAUCAAGACAACCUUCAAGGUUGGAACAAGACCAUGGAUGGGAAGGCAGAUGUAUCUUUUGUUCUGUUUUUUGACUGUAAUAAUGAGAUUUGUAUUGAACGAUGUCUUGAAAGGGGAAAAAGUAGUGGUAGGAGUGAUGACAACAGAGAGAGCUUGGAAAAGAGGAUUCAGACUUAUCUCCAAUCAACAAAACCAAUUAUUGACUUAUAUGAAGAAAUGGGGAAAGUAAAAAAAAUAGAUGCGUCUAAGUCUGUUGAUGAAGUUUUUGGUGAAGUUGUGAAGAUUUUUGACAAAGAAGGCUAACCAACCCUGAAGACAUCUUUGAAAUCAUGCUUGAAUAUUGCUUUGAGAGCUGCUAUCACAGCCCCCUUUUAAGGCGAUUUUAAUCUAUCUAAAUUACAUCUCAAUUAAUGUCUAGAAAUAUAUAGUAAGACAAAUUAUGUUUUUUGUUUUUUAAUUUGUGGUCACCAUACACGGUGAAUUCAGGUUUAAAUUAUCUUAGGUAUUAUGGUGCUCACACGAUAAAGAAGGGUAUCAGCUUGUUGUUGUUUGUAUUAAAAUACUCUCCCUUUUCUCCCUUUAUGUUUGUGCCUUCUGUGAGCAAAAUUUUUAGUAUGCAUGUAUAUCCCUUUUGUAAUUUCAGUGUGUUGGGGUUUGGAAUAUCCACUUCCUCUUGCUGCACAUUUAAGAUUUCCAACCUGUUAAGUGAGUUUGUGGACCAAAUUUAAAGGAACUUUAUAUGUAGUCAGUACUUGCACAAGGUGAGGUGUUUGUAAACAAACUCAUAAUUCGGAACAUGAAUUUCUAGCAAUGUUCUACUUAUCAAAUGACCGGCCAUUUCCUGUCAAAAGUUAAGCCUUAGGCAUUGAUUUAUUACAGCUUGUGCAAAGUUGUAUGAUAGGACAUAGUCUUUGCUUCCAAGGUUUGGGUCAGGGGACAGGGCCUUCAGAGCCUGGCAGACUUGCCAGCUUUCUUCUGUCAUAAUCUGUGGGGCAAGGGUCACAGCAGUGACUUACGUUCUAUGCUCUGUGACAUAGGGCUAGUCAUUAUUGAACUGAAGGUAACAGUUCCACGUAGUAGACUCCUGACACGCAUGCGCUAGUUUAUGCUAACGUGAUCCACUCCUUUUUUUGUUUUGUUUCUUAGACUAACAGAGUUAGAAUAAAUUAGAAAAAGCAAUCUAAUGGUUAAAAUUCCCAUUUGUAUUUUAUUUUCUGGAAUAUUUUUUUUUCAUGGUUACUGGUUGAAGAGAAUUUAAAAAAUCAUUGCACUUUGGUCAGAAAAAUAAUAAAUAUAUCUUAUAAAUGUUUGAAUCCCUUCCUGCCUGCUUUUUUCGAGUUUGAGAGUCCAAAUGAUUUUCUUUCUUUAAAAAAUUAAAAAUCUUGGGUCAGAGAGAUGGCUCAGCAGUUAAGAGCACUGGCUGCUUUUCCAGAGUCCUGGGUUCAACUCCCAGCAACCACAUGGUAUCUCACAGCCAUCUAUAAUGGGAUCUGAUGUCCUCUUCUGUCUUCCAGGCAUCCAUGCAAAUAGAUAAUUCAUAUGUAUAAAUAAAUAAACCUUAAAAAUUAAAAAUUUGUUUUCUUUUUUCUUUGUUUUGUAUUUUCUAUCCCUAAUGCUGAGUGUACCUAAGGUUCUUUAAAAAUAGUUAUAUUUUCUAAGUGUUUUGCCUGCAUGCAUAUUUGUGUACCGUGUGCAUGCCUGGUGCCCGCAAAAGUCAGAGGAUGUUGGAUCCCCUGCCAUUAGAGUUACAGAAAACCCUGAGCUGCCAUGUGGCUGCUUGGAGCAACCCAGGACUUCUGCAAGAACAGCAAAUGCUCUUCACCAUCUCUUGCUUCUGUAUGUAACAGUUCUUCAUAGAGAUUUCUUUAAAUGUUUCUCAUUUUCAGCACUUACACAGGUACACAGGGUUAAAUAGAACACAGACUUUGUAUAAUUAGGUUUUAUAUUUAAAUUUAUUGAAAACAAUAAAUAAGAACAAGUAAAUGAAUUUUUUAUAAUACAUUUCUCUAUGUCUUACAAAAUUCACUUACUAAUGAGACAAAUUACAACUUGUCAUUAGAAAACAAAGUAUCCCUUCAUACUAUAGUAUAUUAUACUAUAGUUUAUUGGCUGCUGAAACUUACAUCCAGCCUGUCUUAGUUCUUGGAAGAUAAUAGUGAAUUUCUGUCUAGUACUUCAUUCUAGAAACUUUUUUGGUGGUUAAUCACACAACUCUGAAAUGAAUUGAGUACAGACUGUUGUGAGACUUCUUGUUUGUGCAAGUGAAGAAAUCUGCCAGCCGGGAAUGUAAAUAUUCUUACUGAUGAUUAUGAGAACACCCUUCAGAUUUUGAGGAGACUAGGUGUUUUGCUUCAUUAAAUAGCUCUGGCAUUUGCAAACAACCCCCCCCCCCCCCCCCAAAAAAAAAAAAAAAAACAACAUGGUAAUUUCUAAAUUAUGAGUACUUUCUUUUUUGCUUUUUAAGUAGAAAAAUGUGUUAGCAAAAAUGUUUUGCAGUUGAUGGAGAUACAUCUGAUUUUGCUAGUUUUAGACAUUCCAUUGUUCAAAGAUACAGUAGUAAGAAGCUUUUGCAGUUCUUGAAGGACUUUACUUUGAGCCUUGCUGUAUCUUAAAAGUUAAUGUCAUUUCUGUGUACUGUUGUUGAUUAUAUACAAAUUAUUUAGUAAAUAAUCCCAAUAAAUGUGCUGAUGCCUUUGCUGUC